ACUCCCUAAAGCUGCCAUAGUGGUGGCACAGUCGGUAUUACCGUAUCGCUGCYUUUGGCUACCAUGCUUUCCGCAUGCGCCAGGAUGACAUCAUCUACGACUGCCUUCCCCUCUACCACUCUGCAGGUAAUAUCAUGGGUGUAGGCCAGUGUCUCAUCAAUGGACUCACUGUGGUGGUGAAGAAGAAAUUCUCAGCCAGUCGCUUCUGGGAAGAUUGCAUCAAGCACAACUGCACUGUGGUGCAGUACAUAGGGGAGAUCUGUCGCUACCUGCUGUCCCAGCCGGUGCGGCCAUCUGAGAAGGGUCACCGRGUUCGCCUGGCGGUGGGGAAUGGGCUGCGCCCUAGCGUCUGGGAGGCCUUCACCGAGCGCUUUGGGGUGGCCCAGGUUGGGGAGUUCUACGGAGCCACCGAAUGCAACUGUAGCAUCGCCAACAUGGACGGCAAGGUGGGAGCUUGUGGGUUCAACAGCCGCAUCCUGCCMAAUGUGUACCCAAUCCGCCUCAUGAAAGUGGAUGAGGAGACCACGGAGCUGGUGAGGGACAGGCACGGCCUGUGUGUGCCCUGCCUUCCUGGGGAGCCAGGGCUGCUGGUGGGAAGGAUCAACCAACAGGACCCGCUACGGAGGUUUGAUGGCUACGCCAACCAGGACGCCACCAGGAAGAAGAUCGCCAACAACGUCUUCAAGAAAAAUGACUCGGCAUAUCUGUCAGGGGAUGUGUUGGUGAUGGAUGAGCUGGGCUACAUGUACUUYCGGGACCGCAGUGGGGACACKUUCCGCUGGAGAGGAGAGAACGUCUCCACCACCGAGGUGGAGGGAACACUGAGUGGUCUGCUGGGCCAGGCCGAUGUGGCUGUGUAUGGGGUAGCUGUACCAGAUGUGGAAGGGAAGGCAGGGAUGGCUGCCAUCGCAGACCCAACAGGGACAUUUGACUGUGAUGCGUUCCUGCGAGAGGUCCAACAGGCCCUGCCUCCUUACGCCCGCCCCGUGUUCCUACGCAUCCCACAAGUAGACACCACAGGUACCUUUAAAAUCCAGAAGACGGUUGCAGAGGGAGGGAUACGAUCGCGCUUAUCAACCGACCAGAUUUACUUUUUGAACUCCAGAGCAGGGCGUUAUGAGGCUGUGAAUGAGGAGCUACACAGUGCUAUAGUGGAGGUAGAAUGGCUCUAUAGAUGGACUACUUUAAGCUGGGUUUACACAACACGUUUAUGAGGCUGUUUGAGCCACAGCUUGUUGUAGCUAGUUAAAUCUAAUCACAUAACUGUUUUCGGCGAGACAGGUGGUAUGGACAAUCU